GAUAUCUAGUUAGCGUGAUUAUUGUUUGGACCGACGACAAAUAUUUUAGCGUGUAGCCCACGAGGUCGUCUUUUGUGGGUCCCUUUUUUCUCCUCAGAACCAAUCACCGACCUCCGAAUCGUUUCCAGCCUCCAAAAACCCAGAACCUCCUCAACGAAACGGCGAGCCUCUGUACCCUAAGACCGAAUCAAACUCGAUGAAACAAUGCUCCACGGUCUGAAAACCAUACAAAACAACAAGCUUUCCUCUCGAGAAGCUCGUCUCUCGCCAUGACCCUCUUCUCUAGAUUCUUGGUUACUAAAAUUGCUACCAGAUACACACAAUCUCUUUACUCUAACCAGAAACGUGGAACAUCUGUUAGGGUUUCUCUAGUUUUGCCUCAGUUCAGAAACUUUAGUAAUGGGUAUCGUCAAAAUCAUUCAUUGGCCCUUGUCCCUAGAUCUAUAUGUAGUCGUCUUUUCUCACGAAGCUAUUCCAUUGCAUCUGCAAGCUAUGUAGUUAAACAACACGCUCAAGUCUCUUUGAAAUGGUUUCUUCAAAGAUACUCUCUCCAAUGGAACUUCCCUAGGAUAAGCAUGGUUGCUCAAGCCUUUUGCUUGUCUGUAGCUCGGUCACACUUGUUAGUACCUGGUGUCUUGGCUCUCACUUGUAGGAAAGUGGCCUGGGCGCAAAGACCGGCUCCAAAUCCGGUUAUAUUACGGUCUCCUCCUCAGCAGUUUUCUCUGUUUAGGAGUGCGGUGAACAUCCCUGUUGUUGUCUCCACUUUGUUGCUUUCUGCAAUGGAAAGUAUGGUUCUGUUCGGGAGAGCUCUCUACUUAGCAGUUUUGCUAUCUCCUAAUCUUGUAAUGGCGUUUUUGGAGUUUUCAUGCGGGCCUCGGUUUAGAAAGCUACGGCAUGAGGUCCUCCAUCGAACUCUGGAAAAAGCUGGUCCUGCUUUUAUCAAGUUCGGUCAAUGGAUUGCCACAAGACCUGAUCUGUUCUCCAAGGAUUUGUGUUUACAGCUUUCAAAGCUUCACAGUAACGCUCCUGAGCACAGCUUUGAGUUCACCAAAAGAACCAUCGAAAAUGCAUUUGGUCGUAAGCUCUCUGAUAUAUUCGAGGAUUUUGAUGAGGCGCCAGUGGCCUCUGGGAGCAUAGCUCAAGUCCAUAGAGCUACUCUGAAGUUUCAGUAUCCAGGACAAAAGGUUAAGUCCUCGGAAGUUGCUGUUAAAGUUAGACAUCCUUCUGUUGAGAAAACCAUGACAAGAGACUUUGUGAUUAUUAAAUUGGCGGCAAAGUUAACUACUUUCGUUCCGGGUUUGAAUUGGUUUAGAUUGGAUGAGUGUGUGCAACAGUUUAGCUAUUACAUGUUGUCUCAAGUUGAUCUAUCAAGGGAAGCUUCUCAUUUGAGUCGGUUUAUAUACAACUUCCGUGGAUGGAAAGAUGUCUCUUUCCCCAAGCCUGUCUUUCCUCUUGUGCAUCCUUCUGUUCUUGUUGAGUCAUUCGAGCACGGAGAGAGCGUGGCUCGUUAUGUAGAUGGCUCAGAAGGACAUGAAUGGCUUAAGUCCAAAGUAGCUCAUAUCGGAACUAAUGCUCUCUUGAAGAUGCUCCUGGUGGAUAACUUUGUUCAUGCUGAUAUGCAUCCCGGGAACAUUCUUGUCAGGAAGAACGGUGCUAAAAGAGGUCUGUUCAGGUCAAAGAAGCCACACAUUAUCUUCCUUGAUGUAGGCAUGACUGCAGAACUCUCAAAAACCGACAGAGACAACCUACUCGGUUUUUUCAAAGCGGUUGCACGUAGAGAUGGUCGGACCGCCGCUGAAAGAACGCUUAAGUUGUCUAAACAACAGAAUUGUCCUAACCCACAAGCCUUUGUCGAGGAAGUAGAAGAAGCGUUUAGGUUCUGGGGAACAGCAGAAGGAGAAUCAGUUCAUCCAGCAGAUUGUAUGCAUGAGUUGUUCGAGAAAAUGAGAAAUCAUAGAGUUAAUAUCGAUGGCAAUGUGUCUACUGUGAUGUUUACAACAUUAGUUCUCGAGGGUUGGCAACGGAAGCUCGAUCCAGGGUAUGACAUAAUGCGGACGCUACAGAAAAUGCUGUUGAAAACGGAUUGGAUGAAAUCACUUUCUUACACGGUUGAUGGACUGAUGGCUCCUUAGAUUAAAAAGUUUUAUUUUUAUUAUUAUUUAUUUAUACACAUAUUUGAAUCCCUUUUGAGAGCCAACUUUUGUUUUGACUAGAGUGUUGAAGAAACACAUCUUUUACAGAAAAAAUAACAAAAGAAAGGUUCAAUUUUUGUUUUUAUUUGAGUCUAAUCAUCUCUCUAAUUACAUGACACUUGUGUAUACACAUAUCAGUAUUUGUU